UAAAAAUUGCAAAAUUCCCAAGUUGCUGGUGGUGCUCCCCAAGGCUCCAUGUAUUAUACUUGGGGGUCUCCAGGUAAACCUCCAAGUACUUAGGUACUGUCCUGCAGGUUGUAGUUGCAACUCCACUCCCUCAUCGCUGGUGUUCAAACGCUUCAGAGCAAAAAUGAACCCUCUGGUUGCAUCAAGUCUUUCUGAACUAAUGGCUGCUCAGACAGGCGGAAGGUCGCCUGCAUUAUUACCAUCAAUAUUACACGUUUAGCAGGUUUUAUUAGGUUAAAUAUUUGAGAAUCAGCUUUAAAUCACCAACAGAAUAUGUUGAUUCUUUUAAAUCCUCCUGCCAGCUGACUCAACUCACACAUUGGCAAUUUUUGUGUUGUCAAACUUCCUCAAAUCUUAGGACAUAAUCACGAGCAAGAGUUCAACUGAUUUCCUAAUCCUGUGUCAAAGUUUGACAGGUCAGCAAUGACACCGUAGAGAUUUCAGCAACUUGGAAUAAGACAGGAACUGUGAUUCAAAAAACACGUGAGCUGAAAAAAAACCCCCUCCAGAUUUGGUUACUGUUAUUAUUAUUGGCAUUAUUAUUUUAGGUACUUUGAUAGACACAGAUUACCACAAAACAAGUAAAAAGAGAACAAUGGCCAGAAGAACAUGUGUUUUGAUGAGGCUGGUCAGAUUAAAAGUAACGUUUAAGCAACUAUUAAGCAUAUUUUUCAUUACGCCCACAUUUGUGAAUUGAAAACAUUUGAUACAUUUAAUCUUAAAUGUCUUGUUUCCAUUAAUGUGAAGUGGAAAUCUGUUGUGGCGAACAAAAACAAAGGCGUGGCAACAACAGUCUGUGUGUGAUUACAGCGGUUGUCAUUCGCUGAAUCUAGCUAAUGAAAUAGGACAAUUUCAUAAAAAUAUUCAAAUUUAUUAAAUAUAACUGCAGUUGUGGUGUAGUGUGGAGAAAAAAAAAGAAGAAAAAUGUCUCUAAUCUGCAGUAAUUCUGACAACCACAGAAUUUUGCCGUAUAAAUUCAAAUCGGGAUUAAAACAAUCACAAAAUCAAACUGUUGCGUUUUUAAAAAUAGCUGAUCAAUUAUUUUUGUUGAAACCACAGAUUUUAUCAGCUCAAAAAGUCUUCGAUCGUACGGAAGGAUCAACUUAAAUGUUGUAAUGUCUAACAGGAAUCUGUGCCAGAAAAGAGUUUGUUUCUUCUUUUCUUUUUUUUUAAAACUCUUUUGUGAAAUAUAUUACAAAAUGUUUUAUUUUCCCCCCCAGGCUGCGUCUGUCACUUUUUACUUCUCAAAACGUAACCGGGCAGCCAAACAGGAACAUCUCCCCCCAACCCCUCCCAGUAGAAGCUAUAAAUACACCAGUGAAGGUCAUUCAUCCAUCCAUAUCUUCCUGCAGCUCUUUAUGAAUGAAACGGUUCUACUGUCUAGUGUUAUUUUGAAAAAUGGCCCCACAACCAAACUUCACCACAGUUUCAAACCUCACAACUCCUGUCCCUGGGGGUGGUGGAUGCCCGCCUGUCGGCAUCCAGCUGGAGGGCCUCAUCAUGCCUCCGGUCCUCAUCAUCGACGUCAUACUGGGGCUCAUAGGAAACUUGGUGGCGCUAUGGAUCUUCUGGUUUAAGUUGAAGGCCUGGAACCCCAACACCCUGUUCCUCUUCAACCUGGUCAUCGCUGACUUUUUUGCCCUGGUGAGUCUGCCCCUGAGGAUCGAUGCCUUGCUCAGGGGCCACUGGGUGUUUGGAGAUGGCAUGUGCCGGAUAAACCUCUUCCUGAUGUUCUCCAACCGGUCGGCCAGCAUCGCACUCAUGACCGUGGUGGCAAUUUACCGAUACUUCAAGGUGGUCCACCCUCAUCAUCGCUUCAACCGCAUGACCAAGCGGCAGGCUGCAUUUGUCUCAGCAUUCGUCUGGCUGUUGGUGAUCAGUCCUCGGGUUCCCAUGCUGGCCUACAACCACCUCAAGGGUAAAGGCGAGAAGACCCAAUGCUUCUUCUUUACAUCCUACAAAGAGGCAUCCCGCGGCAUCAUCAUCCUGGUUAGCAUGCACCGUAUUUUGACGGUGGUGGAGUUCAUCAUCCCCAUGGCCAUGCUGCUGUUCUGUUCCAUCCGAAUCUCCAGCUUCCUGAAGCAGAGGCAGAUGGGAAAACCUGACAAGGUGCGCAAGGCCAUGAGAAUGUGUGCCGCCAUCGUGGCUGUGUUCAUCGUGUGCUUCCUUCCCACCACGGUGACCACGAUCGGUGUGUGGGUCAUCCGCUCCUACCGGCCAUGGGACUGCGCCGCUUUCUACACCUUUACUCAACUCACCAUUGUGUCGUUGGGCCUAAACUUCCUGAACUCGGCUCUGGACCCUAUCGUCUAUAUCUUCUCCAGCUCUAUGUUUAGGAAGGCGCUCUUGGGACUCGUACCCUGUAGAAAGAAUGAGGGCCAGAACACAGAGUCCUCAUCGGGAACCCAAAGCACCUCCCAGCGGGAGCUGAAGUCCUUAAGGACUGAUAGGGGCAGUGAAGCCAAGCCAUUGCAAUGAGCAAGACCCCAGUUGUAGUGACAGAACAAUAGCUUUGAUUUUAUAUAGCUAAACCUAGUAAAAAACUUAAUCUAAAGGUUCCUCUACAAACAGCUCCAUCCCGUUUGACAAUCAAGUCAAUGUCUUUUUUCAUAAAUACCACACUGACUAACAAUGAUUAGACUGAAACUACACAGCCCAAGCUUAGCUUUUCCCCAGUUUUAUUGUGAUGCUGAGUGUUGAGAUUAGUAUACCAGCUUAAGGACCUGGGAUUUGGAGCAUGUGAGGCAUUUUUGGACACAAGAAUUGACAUCCUAAAAAUGGUAACAUCCUGGCAAAUAAAAAUCUCCAUAGGGGACAGUCAGGUGACCUCUCAGACCCAAUGAUCGGUUGUUGUUCUUUAAAGACAAGUAGCAGGAACUAAUACACGACUGUCGUGCAUCAAUUUAUGGUCCAUGCUGUAUGAAAAAGGUAGUUACUCAAGAAGGAGCUGUGUGGCAGUUGAUGACAUACCAGGGUUUCCAGGAACACGGUGGGUUGUCCUCACAAUCAGUCCCAAAGUGCUGUCAUCAAAUCUCUGCUGCCACUGUUGAGGGAGCAUUUGGCCAAAAAACACACACAGGGAGCCAACAAGAACUGUCACAGCUCCAUGACGCUACUUAAAAACAAUGCAUGACUCUUUUAUUUCUGUUAUUUUGAAAUAUAUUUUGUCUUUUGUAAAUUUCACAUAAUAUAUCUUGUAUUUUUUGUUGUGUACAAUCAUGAAGGAAAAAACAGUUAUUAAAUUCUU